AUGGCCACGGUGUCUUCGGUACUUCCGGCGAUUGCAGAAGGGCAGGUGAAGGAUGCAGCGUCUGCGAAGAUGUUCAUGUCGAAGCUCAUGAAUUCGCUGGUUCGGGCCCACAUCGAGGACGGUCGGAUCAUUAGCGGCCAGCUCUGGUGCUUCGACCAGCUCAGGAACCUCAUCCUCUUGAACGGUUUCGAGACUCGCACCGACCAGGAGGGGCAGCAGCAGCAUCGGUCACUGGGGCCCCUGGUCAUGGUGCCUGGAAAGUACAUCCUCAAGCUCGAAGCCACAAAAGCAGCCUCGGAGGCGGCUGCAGCAGCUGCUGAGGCAGAGGCAGCUAAGGAGCAGGACGAAGCGGACGAAGCGAAGUGA